AUGGCGACCAUGACCAUGACGGCCACCGAGCCCAAGGCCAAGCACUCGCGAGUCCCCAAAGGCGUCAAACUGCCCCCAGAGAACGAACGAUACAUGCGCGCUUGCGCCGACGUUGCUAGCGCCCUGGUCGAGGACUAUGAAAGCCAGCUGGAUGGCAAGAAACCCAAGAAGGACCUGAACCUCAACACCCUGCGCAACAAUAUUGCAAAAAAGCAUUUCCUCAGCAACACCCCGCCUCUUACCGCCAUCAUCAAUGCCGUCCCCGAACAUUACAAAAAGUACAUUUUGCCUCGCUUGAUCGCAAAGCCUAUUCGAAGUGCCUCUGGUAUAGCCGUUGUCGCCGUCAUGUGUAAGCCGCACAGAUGUCCUCACAUUUCAUACACUGGAAACAUCUGCGUCUACUGUCCCGGAGGCCCCGAUUCGGACUUUGAAUAUUCGACUCAGUCAUACACCGGAUACGAGCCGACUUCGAUGCGUGCCAUUCGCGCGAGAUAUGAUCCCUUUGAGCAAGCAAGAGGAAGAGUGGAUCAGAUCAAGUCUUUGGGUCAUUCGGUCGACAAGGUGGAAUAUAUCAUCAUGGGCGGCACGUUCAUGUCGCUUCCCGUCAGCUACAGAGAAGAGUUUAUUUCUCAGCUACACAACGCUCUGAGCGGCUUCCAAGCGACCAAUGUUGAUGAAGCUGUUUUGGCUGGUGAGAUGAGUAGCACAAAGUGUGUCGGUAUCACCAUCGAGACAAGACCCGAUUACUGCUUGGAUCAGCAUUUGAGCGAUAUGCUACGUUAUGGAUGUACCCGCUUGGAGAUUGGCGUCCAGUCACUAUACGAGGAUGUCGCUCGCGACACCAACAGAGGUCACACUGUCGCCGCAGUUGCAGAGACUUUCAAAUUGGCCAAAGAUGCAGGCUUCAAGGUAGUGAGUCACAUGAUGCCUGAUUUGCCCAACGUCGGUAUGGAAAGAGAUCUGGAUCAGUUCAGAGAGUACUUUGAGAACCCAGCCUUCAGAACAGAUGGUUUGAAGAUCUACCCUACACUCGUCAUCCGAGGUACUGGUCUGUACGAGCUAUGGAGAACGGGUCGCUACAAGAACUACACACCCAACGCGCUGAUCGAUCUCGUUGCUCGCAUUCUGGCAUUGGUGCCGCCAUGGACGCGCAUCUACCGUGUGCAGCGUGACAUUCCGAUGCCUCUGGUAACUUCUGGUGUCGAGAACGGCAAUCUGCGCGAGCUGGCCUUGUCACGUAUGAAAGACUUUGGCACAACUUGUCGUGACGUCCGAACGCGCGAGGUCGGUAUCAACGAAGUCAAGAACAAGAUCCGGCCAUCACAAGUAGAGUUGGUCCGCCGUGAUUACACGGCAAACGGCGGGUGGGAGACAUUCCUGGCCUAUGAAGAUCCCAAGCAAGAUAUCUUGAUUGGAUUGCUGCGUCUACGCAAGUGCAGCUCGACGCAUACUUUCCGCGCGGAACUCACUGGUCAGCCCACGAGUUUGGUUCGAGAGCUUCACGUUUAUGGCUCGGCAGUUCCGGUGCACGGUCGUGACCCGAGAAAGUUCCAACACCAAGGCUACGGUACACUAUUGAUGGAAGAGGCCGAGAGAAUUGCGCGUGACGAGCACGGCAGUGAGAAGCUCAGCAUCAUUUCUGGCGUUGGUGUACGCAGCUACUACGCCAAGCUUGGAUACUGGCUUGAUGGACCUUAUAUGAGCAAGUGGCUCAAGGCCAAGGAUGACGAGGAGAGUGACGAUGGCUUCUGA